AUGCAUAUUUCCUUCGCUUAUCUUGGCUUUGUGCUUGCUGCAUCCGCUGCUGCCAGUUCGCGUCAUUUGGCGAGAACCGACACAGUUGCUCGAUUGAGCGUUCGCGGUGAAGAACAGGCAGGCCAUAAAGACGAUCUCCAGAUGAAGUGUUUCGGUGGUUGUGGUGGUCUUCCUCCACCUCCGCCAACUUCAUGCUGGAAUGCCCCGGUUGUCUUCCACGGCGGCCAAGGUCUACCACCAAUGAACACCUUCUUUUCAACUGUUCAAAGCUACACUGUAAUCACAUCCAACACCGUCAACAUCUGGAACGGUGGCAUAGACCCGCAAACCAUCUUACUUCAGUUCCAAAUCAUGGUAACCAGUCUUUCAACUCUGUUCUCCACUUUACAAGGCGGAUGCUCCUUCCAGGGAAAUCCUCAAGUGUUCAUCUCCACUUUUGCCCCAAUGAUCAUCCAAAUCCAAAGUAUGAUCACAAUUAUCACCACUCAAUGUACUGGUAAUAUUGGUGCCUUCCAAUCCUCCUUUGCCGUUCUAUCGGUUUUGGUGCAAUCAAUCAUUGGUGUGGCAAUCAGCAUGCAUGUUGAAAUUCAGCAAUUCUUCUCAGCCUGUAAUUUCAAUCCACAGCUCUGGUCACCCCUUGGCUUCCCAGUUGAUAGCUGGAUCCACGGAGUUCCAGGUGCAUUCCCCGGAGUUCCAGGUGCAUUCCCCGGAGGUCCAGGUGUGAUCCCCGGAGGUCCAGAUGUAUUCCCCAGUGUUCCAGGUGGUUUCCCCGGAGGUCCAGGUGGUUUCCCUGGCGGCGUACCCAGCGUAGGCCCACAAGUAGUUCCAGUACCUGGAGGUCACAACGCCUGCUUCCAACCACUCAGUCUCCUUGAUACAUUACUCCAUGUCCUCCUUGUAAUCCUUGAACCUCUUUUCCAAGGCCUUGGUGCGCUCUUGCAAGGUGUCGGUCUCCUUGUUGCAAAUCUUGGUGUCGCCGUGGGCAGUCUUCUUGAUGGUGGUCUCCUUGGUUUGAUUUAG